GGUGCUCUGUACUGAAACAGUGCUUUUAAAAGCAACAAAGGAGCCAACAACAAAUCAAUGUAUCUACAGUGCCUCUUCUCACUAAAUCUCCAUCUUUCUCUAUAUAAGUAAUCAAGAUUAGUGAUAAAGAUGAGUUAUUUAGGAGUCGGACUCAGUCCCGUAAACGUCGCCGGAACCAAAAUGAAGCUGAUGGAUCGAAAAGUGAGACUCACGGAGCUGAUCCUGAGGUGUUCCGUUUGUGCCCUUGCUCUCGUCGCUGCGAUUCUCAUUGCUACAGACACCCAAGUUAAGGAGAUUUUCACCAUCCAGAAGAAGGCCAAAUACACCGACAUGAAGGCCCUUGUGUUUUUGGUGGUGGUCAAUGGUAUAGCCGCGGCUUAUUCUUUGUUGCACAUGGUUCGUUGCGUGGUGGGUAUGAUGAAAGGAAGCGUUUUGUUCAGUAAGCCUCUGGCUUGGGCCAUUUUCUCUGGAGAUCAGGCUAUAGCAUACUUGACCGUAGCGGGAGUUGCAGCAGCGGCGCAGUCUGCGGCAUUUGCGAAGCUGGGUGAGCCAGAGCUCCAAUGGAUGAAGAUAUGCACAAUCUAUGGGAAGUUCUGUAACCAAGUUGGUGAAGGAAUUGCGACCGCCUUGCUUGCUAGCAUCGGAAUGGUUUUGAUCUCUUCCAUUUCUGCUUUUGCUCUCUUUCGUUUGUAUGGCGGUAACAAAGCUCAGCAAGGCUCACGGUGGUGAAGAUCAAGGCCAAUACUGGUCUUGGACUAAUCUUGUUAGUGGAACUUGUGUUAAAUAUUGUGGUCUUGUGUACCCUUUCUCAAUGUGUAUACCGUCCAUUACUCUACUGUCAUGAUCUCAUUUGCACUAUAAUCAUCAGAAUUGUAGUUU